CGCCGCGGGAGCGCACGAUGGAGGCGCCGCCGGUGACCAUGAUGCCCGUCUCGGGCGGCACCAUCAACAUGAUGGAGUACCUGCUCCAAGGGAGCGUGCUGGACCAGAGCCUGGAGAGCCUCCUGCACCGCCUGCGCGGGCUGUGCGACAACAUGGAGCCCGAGACCUUCCUGGACCACGAGAUGGUGUUCCUGCUGAAGGGGCAGCAGGCCAGCCCCUUCGUGCUGCGCGCCCGGCGCUCCAUGGACAAGAGCGGGAUGCCCUGGCACCUGCGCUAUCUGGGACAGCCCGAAAUAGGCGACAAGAACCGCCACGCGCUGGUGCGCAACUGCGUGGACAUCGCCACGUCCGACAACCUGACCGACUUCCUGGUGGAGAUGGGCUUCCGCAUGGACCACGAGUUCGUGGCCAAGGGGCACGUGUUCCGCAAGGGCAUCAUGAAGAUCGUGGUGUACAAGAUCUUCCGCAUACUGAUGCCAGGAAACACGGAGAGCAUUGAGCCGCUCUCCCUCUCCUACUUGGUGGAGCUCAACGUGGUUGCGCCGGCAGGGCAGGACAUAGUUUCUGAUGACAUGAGGAACUUUGCUGAGCAGCUGAAGCCUCUAGUACACCUGGAAAAAAUUGACCCCAAGAGACUAAUGUGAUUGAAACUCUCGGCGGUUA